UCUCGCUCUUUAUAUCUCCUUUGUGGUAUUUAUUGACUUUGCAGUAUUUAUUUUCAACUGACAGAAAAGAAAACACAAUGUCAACAUUUCUCAAACUGUUUUCUGCUCCUGCAAUAAGGAAUCUGCCUCCAGCUCUUGCAUGUGUCACCAAUCAUACGCCUUGCUGCUCCUUUAGUACAACAUGUAGAAAAGAUUCAGCAAAAUUCUACAAGAAUGCCAAAGAGGCUGUUGAAGAUAUUCCAAGUAAUAGUAAACUACUGGUUGGAGGUUUUGGACUAUGUGGUAUACCAGAGAAUCUAAUUGGGGCUAUGCUCAGUACAGGGCAGACUGGUUUAACAGUUGUUAGUAACAAUGCUGGUGUGGACAACUUUGGAUUGGGUCUCCUCCUUAAACAAAACCAGAUUAAGCGUAUGAUAUCAUCUUACGUUGGAGAAAAUGCAGAAUUUGAACGGCAGUAUCUCAGUGGAGAACUUGAAGUUGAACUUACACCACAGGGUACACUGGCAGAAAGGAUUCGGGCUGGUGGAGCAGGUAUCCCAGCAUUCUUCACACCUACUGGGUAUGGAACAUUGAUUCAUCAAGGUGGAGCACCAAUCAAGUACAAUCCAGAAGGUGGCGUUGAUAUUGUCAGUGAACCUAGAGAGGCUCGAACAUACAAUGGCAGGAACUAUAUCUUAGAAGAAGCAAUCACUGGUGACUUUGCUCUCAUCAAGGCAUGGAAAGCUGACCAAAAUGGAAAUCUAAUAUUUAGGAAAACAGCUAGAAACUUCAAUGUUCCCAUGUGUAAAGCUGCUAAAGUAACAAUAGCAGAGGUAGAGGAGAUAGUACCUAAUGGAGAGAUAGAUCCGAACGACGUACAGGUGCCACAUAUAUACGUGAAAAGAAUCAUCAAAGGACCAAAAUAUGAAAAGAGGAUAGAGAGGUUAAAGAUAACAAAAGCAGUAAAGGAAGAACCACAUGAGUUAACAGCUGGAGAAAGAAUGAGAUUAAGAAUUAUCAAGCGAGCAGCUUUAGAGUUUCAAGAUGGAAUGUAUGCAAAUUUAGGUAUAGGAAUGCCGAUGUUAGCCAGUAACCAUUUGCCACCUGGAAUGGUUGUCCAUCUGCAAAGUGAAAAUGGAAUCUUAGGCCUGGGGCCAUUUCCAACAGAGGAUCAGGUUGACCCAGAUUUAAUUAAUGCUGGAAAAGAAACUGUAACAAAUUUGAGUGGCAGCUCUUUCUUCUCCAGUGAUGAAUCUUUUGCCAUGAUCAGAGGGUGUCAUGUUGAUAUAACAAUUCUUGGUGCUAUGCAGGUGUCAAAGUAUGGUGAUCUAGCAAACUACAUGAUUCCAAAAAAGAUGGUAAAAGGUAUGGGAGGAGCUAUGGAUCUGGUAUCCAGUGGCAACAAGGUCAUUGUAACCAUGGAGCAUGCAGCUAAAAAUAAUGAUCAUAAGAUCUUAGAUCAUUGCACACUUCCUCUAACAGGUCAAAAAUGUGUCAGCAUGAUUAUCACAGAAAAGUGUGUAUUUGAUGUUGACCAUGAUCAUGGACUGAUUUUGAAAGAACUUGCAGACGGCAUUUCAGUAGAAGAUAUUAAAGAAUGUACGGGUUGUGAAUUUCAGGUUUCUGAAAAUAUUCAGCCAAUGAGACAGAUAGAGUACUGAAUCUCACCAGGGUCUGGCUAGAUUGUGUGUCACAUGUUUCAUAUAUAUAUGUAUAUACACAUGUGAGGAUAUGCAAGCAGAUAUUGUGUGAUAUUAUUAUACUAUAUGUGUGUGAUUAUGACAUAGAGAGAAGGAAAGUGUAAAAUGAAGAUUUAAAUGCUGUUGCCGAUAUGAAAGUAAAACACUAUAGUGGUAUCUGUUUCUAACCAGAAAUAUGCAUUUUCAUGAACAAAUCAUCAUGUAUAUACAGCUACUAUAAAUAAGCCAAUGGUUAUUGACUAUUAGAAAUUAUUUGAAUAAACAAUUGUUAUAUAAUCAUUGGUUAUUAGAAAACAUGUGAUCAUUAUGUACAGGUAUCGAUACAUACAUGUGACAAGUUUAUCAUAUCAGAUAUGAGUAUAAUGGUGUAAUUAGGGUGUAGUUUGAAGCCAAUGAAAUUACAUGACACCUGCAUGGUUUUAAAGACAAUAUUAAAGCCUCAAUUUUGAUAUGUUUUUGUUUAUACAGAUGUUAAUUUAGUACAUGGUUUAAGUUUUUAUUUGUUAAAUCAUGGUUGAAUUAAGUUCUUUUGUUAAGUAUAUGGCAAGAAAGAGAGAUACAGGUUAAGUCAUUAUAUACUCACUGUAAAAUCAGAAAUUUUCAUGAGGGAUUGAAUUAUUUAUAUUUGGCAAAUUGUAGAUUUGUUUACUAAGUAUCUAAGUAUCAUAUCAAUUUAACAGAGCUGAGAGUAGAAAUUCAUUAAUGUUUAACCUUGUGAAUUAGGCAGAAAAAUUGAUUUUGUAAUAUUUUGACAUCAAUAAAAAAUAUCUGACUUUACACUCAUCUUACUCAGUCUUUAACAGUUGGAUGAGGGAUGAAAAGGACAGAAUGUUUACUGAAAUGUGCAUUGAAGAGCUUUUUAAAAUAAUGAAAAGUUAUUUAUCACAGGGUAUAUAUACAGGUGUCCAAUAAUUUGGGUUGUGUAAGUGAUAUUUUGUACUAUAGUUUUAGCUCGACUAUUCGAUAAGAAUAAGUAGAGCUAUUGUAGUCACCUGAGCGUCGGCGUCAGCGUCUGCGUCGGCGUAACCACUUAUGUUAAAGUUUUUGUAAUAGUUCAAAUAUUUUCAAAGUCCAUUGACAUAUGGCUUUGAAACUUUGCACACUUGUUCACCAUCAUUACCCCAACCUGUAAACAGGAGGAGGUAACUGUAUCAAGCAUUUUGACAGAAUUAUGCCCCUUUUUUGACUUGGAAUUUACGUUAAAGUUUUUGUAAUAGUUCAAAUAUUUUCAAAGUCCAUUGACAUAUGGCUUUGAAACUUUGCACACUUGUUCACCAUCAUUACCCAAACCUGUAAACAGGAGGAGGUAAUUGUAUCAAGCAUUUUUUUUUACUAUCUAGCACUAAGAAUAGUCGAGCGUUGCUGUCCUACCGACAGCUCUUGUUUGUUUCAGCAGUCGUAAUUAGGUCAAACUAUGCCACCAGUGUAGGACCAUGGUUGAGGCUACACGUCAAUGACUCUAUUCUUUAAAUUAUGAUAUUAAACCUUAACCUACUCAAUUUCUUACAUAGACUUAUUUAGAAACUGUUUAUCAAUUUUUGGGAUAUUUAGAUGAAAAUUUGAAGUUGAUCUGCAAACAUAUAAAGAUUGGUCAGACUGCAUAGGUCUGUAGGCUGGUCUGGCUCUGUACAGGUGGAGAAGGCUGGUCACUUUCAGUUUCUACAGGUAAAGAGUUAACAAUGAACUGUUUAAGUUAGGGGACACUUCCAUACUAGAAAUUCGGCAGGGAAAAUGUUUGAAUGUAUGGAAAGAAGAACCUCUAUUUGCAUGGAAAUAUGAAUCUGGUUUAUAAAAUGUUAUAUUUUAACCUGGUCCUUUUCCAUCAAUAUUUAUAUAGCAUUGUUAUAUGGAAAUAGGAUUUUUUAACGAAAUAAAUUUGCAUGGACUAAAUUCAUAAUCAAUAUUCUGUUGAUAGAUAUAAUACAUACAGAUUAAUUUAUAUUGUUAAAAUAAGUUCUCAACUAUAUUGAUGGUAAGAAAGCUCAGCUAUUAUAUUAAUGAGAAAAUACAUAGAAACUGAAAUACAGAACUUGUUUAUGCAUUAAAAAUAACUGUUUUAUAAAUGAAAUAUGAAUCAAAUGUUUUGCUAGUCAUUAUUGGAUUUAUACAUGUAUAGGCAUUAAUAGAUCCUAUAUCUGAUAAACAAGGUGCAGAAUGAUUGUUUUUUUACUGUGGUAUUUGUUAUUAUACAACUUUUGAUGACAUUGUAUCUUUCCUGAAAACAUGGCAGAUUAACUAUCUGAGGCACCUUAAUUACAGAGGUACCUGAUUGUCACAGGCAAUUUGUUUGAUGAGAAUGUGUUUAAUGUUUAAUAAAGAGCAUAUGCUUAUUUUAGCAAAAAUAUUUUGAUUCUGGCAUAAUGUGCUCUAAAUGCAAAUUUUUUCUUUAUUUAUCAAAUUGAUCAACUAUGCAUGAUAAACAUGUUUCUAAGGGCAUUUUAAGUACAUAGAAUAAACACAAAGAAAACAGUUAAGCACCCCUCAAAUUUGAGAUGCACAGACAUUUUUGUUACAUAUUACCUUUCACAUUUUGAUAAGAAAUCUUAAUGUCUCUCAGACAAAACAACUUUCCCAUUGCCAGAAUGUUGAAAGAAAAAAAUGCCAGUUAUUAAUUCACACAAAGUUUUUUUUUUUAAUAUUUUAUUUAUUUCUGAAAUUCAUUAAGGUGCAUAACUUUUUUUCUUUGGGUACAUAAAAGCAUUUGUUUUGUUGUAUUUUAUAACAUGUAUAUUCAUUGUCUAAUUAUGUGAAAACUAACAUUUUAUAUGAACUUACCAUAGUUUUCAUAUUGAUGUUUCAUUUAUAUGAACAUAUUUAUAUUUUUUGCCAAGAGUGCUUUUAAAUUAACAUAAAUUCAAUUGUGUUUUUGUUAAAUAAAUGAUGUGUCAUUAAAAUAUAUGAAAAAUAUGUA